AUGGAGUUGGAUUCCAUUAAGCUGCAGCUGCGGGAACUGCAGCAGUGCUACGACGACGACACAAAGAGCGACGACGACAUCAUCUACCUCGUAUACAACUGGGUGAAGGGCGCCCAUGUUGUGGCGCAGCUAUUGUUGUUAGAGGGCCGCUUUCCCGAGCUGCGCCGCUGCCUUGACCUCUGUCGAAAUGUCCUGGCGGAGCAGAAUGUCGGGGUGAGCAGUAGCAAGCUUGCAGGCGCCGGCGCUGGAGGUGGGAGUCGCCGGAAAGUUAUUUCCCGCGCCUCCGGGGAGGACCUGUUGCUGAUGGACUCCCUCCGUGUGCGCACCUCACAGCUGCAGAAGCAGUACGAGGAGGCCCGCACGAAGACGAAGGGUCGGGAUACGCAGUACUACAUGAACAAGCUGCUUCGCCCCAGCGACGAAGAGGGGGCGCGGGGCGGCACCGCCGUGGCGGGGGAACGGCGGCCGCCCACCCCACCGGAACGCGGCAUCUCGUUUGGCCGCCGCACGCGGCUCAAUCGCUGGAAAGUGCCACCCGUUUUGCCGCCCCUCGUGACAGAAACUCGGCCAUUUUUUCGCACCCGCAUGACCGGGGGCGUCGACGGGCCCUCAGACCCGCCCUCAAGGCACCGCGGGCACUUUUCACGCGCGACGUCGUCCUUGACGUCAUCGACGGUUGACGCGGGGCACGACGACGACGAGGCCCCGCCGCAGGGAGUCGAGAUGCCGGCGGAGAAGGACUGGCUUGCAGACCUCACACGCGGCGGCGAGCCCGUGGCCUCCACAGGUGUUCCAAGUUACCCAGAGUUGGGGAAGUUGGAGGUCGCGGCGCGCAACCCACCGGCGCCUAAAAAGGCGCCGCGGCGGUGCAAAACCUCCGUGCUUGGAAGCCACGUGCGAGCGCUCUCAGCGGGCCUGAGCACCGCCCCGCUGCCCUCAGGUGAGUUGGAGUAUCGCUUCAUGAGGAAUGUGGACGCGCACGUCAUGAAGGCGGCCAUCGCGAUCAAGGCGGCGUCGGAGGUGCAGCAGCGUUCCGUGGCCGUGAUGCAGGCGAUGACGGGGCCCUCGUCCCUCUUCCUGCAACAACCGCAACUGCUAAAGGGGGAGCAGCAGGCACAGCAGGAGGGGCCGGAGCAAAUGUCCCCCAUUCACGAUGGGAGCAGUAUGGGGAACUGGAAAAGAGGAGCAGAAAAAAAAGGGGAGAGAGAUGCCUUGCCAGGGAGUUGGCGCCUUGGCACCCCGUCUACGAGCUCCUUCUCUGUUCGCAGCACAAGGGGUAGGAGGAUGUUCUCGUCGAAGCGACAGCGGCGUCCCAUAUCUCCAAUCUUGUCCCCAUCCAAGACACUUGGGCACCCUGACCAGCGGAGUCAUGAGAUGAAUGUCUCGGGGGACACGAAUGUGUCGCAGAACCUCUCUGCCGAGGCGGUAGAGGAUGGGGUCCGUCCCCCUACGCGCUCCACCGGGAAGGACUUGCUAAAGGUAACUGAUUUCUAUCCGCACCUUUCGCUGGAGGCAAAAGAAAAGUUGGAAGGGAUAUACGACACCUACAAGGAGAAGAGUAGUGAACUUCGCCUCUCUAUGCGGGCCAUGCGUCGCAAGGUGAGAGAUCAAAUUGACAUCUUCAAGCCUCACGAGCAGGUUGUGCUGCUGGAGGACCCAGCCGUGUGGAAGGCGCGACGACGAAAUCACGCCGCGGCGUUGGAUAGCUCUGUGACAGCUGGCUCCUCCGUCUCCGAGUCCUAUCUGCUUUCGGUCACGGACGCGCUGGACUCGAAAAGCUUCUUAAACGCCAGUGGUGCCGUCAACUCCGGUUGCCUGCCACUGCCCACGGCUAACGCAGCUGCGACGGCGUUGGAGGAAGCAGCUGCCCCUGACAAGAUGGCGGCGCCUUCAUCGGAGUCUGUCUUCAAAACAGCUGAGUUGGAGCCCACCACUUCGCGGCCAUUUGAAUUAGGCUCGGCAUCCCGUGGGCAAGGUGAACCAGCCAUGGCCACAGGUGAGGCUCGGGGUCGGGACGAAGCGCUUUCCCCUGGCUUUGGCGAGCUCACCUACAGUGGCCCGUCAUCAAUUAACUGCACACUGCCAGCCUGCAUUGAUGUGCUGCCCUCACUGCAAGAGCUACGGCUUGCACGGCUGAACUCGUCAACGCACGUGGCGUUUCCUAUGGUACACGCGAUGGUGACGCGUCGAGCCGCGGCACGUGUGGAACAGGAGAAACGGCUCAAGCAAUUUGGCGCUGCCGCACCGCCUCCACGCCUCUCGGUGUCGUCGCAGGGAGCUUCUCGCGAAGCCACUGAGGGUGUCGUGGGCCGCCAGAAGAGGUCCAGCGCCGCGUUAGAGACCCCGUCAUUGGAAACCAAACCAAAGUCUCUUGCUGUGGGGCAGAGUGGGAAGGUGGCUGUGGACACGCAUGCUGGACAGAAAAGUGAGAGGGGCCACGCGGUGGCGAUGCCUCUCUCCUUGGAGGAGAUUCACCGCUGCUCCAACUGGGUCAUGGAAGACGCUACGCUUGGGAUGGGCCUUCCAUUUCACUUGGCGACCGUUCGGCUGCAGUGCGCGUGUCGGCGGUUUUUGGCCAGACGUGAGCGCUACCGUCGGGCCGUCGCCGUGGAAGAGUAUUUGAGCAGCACAGUUCUGCGUGGGAACAGUGCCAUUAUCAUUCAGCGAUACGUCCGUCGCUGGUUGUCGCGUCGGCAGACGUCAACGAUGCUGCUGCGCCUUGGCUACCAGAUGGAUCAGCGGGUUGCAAACGAGGCCAUGUACUCGGAGGAUACGGGCUCCGACGAUGCGGGAAACACAGUUGGGCUGGGGCCUCGCGGGUGGCGGAUUGCGCCAUGCGGUGCGCCUGUCAUGGCGCCGCACAAGAACAGCCUGUCCUUCUCCCCACUGGGGGAUGAGUCUGACUCCUUCGACCAUCAUCGCCGGAUGCAACUGUCUCUCUCCCCGGCAGCCUCCUGUGCGUACAAGCUGUACCUUAUACCUGUUUCAAAGCGCUUUGAGCAGUCCUCGGCGCGUUGUGCGCGGCUCCGCCGGAUUCAGGAGAAAAUAGCAAGCAGAGUGAUUCUGCGGGCCUUUCGGGAUCACUUGCACAGGGCGAUUAAGCGUUGGGAAAUGGAAACGCGCACCUACAUGAAUUACGCGACCGGCAGGUUGGCCUUUGGUGAGGCGUUUGGUGUCGACCGGUCUGGCCUGCAACCGCGCGUCGAAGUUGCAGGCCGCACCAGAAGCAUCACCGAGAAGACGGCCGCCCUGGACCUCUCACAGGGCAUGUCUUUUUGCUCGAGUGUCUUUCCGCUUCCACCGGAGAGGGUGUCGGGCGACGUCGUUGCCGCUUGGGAGGCUCGCACGGCAGAGGCUCGGCGUUGGGGCGACUUCAUGACACCGCUGGAGCAGGUGAAGCUCUCCAAGCUGCAGGAAGUACGGCGUAAACGCCAAGUCGCCGAGGCGGUGCAGCACGCCGAGCAGGAGAAAUUGCAGCUGCAGAAAGAGGAGGAGCUUCAGCAGCGACAGAGAGUGAAGUUGGAUGCCGCGUUGCUGCUGCAACGCUGCGCGCGGGGGUACCGGCUGCGGCAGUGGUUCGCUAAGCAACUGCAAAAGGUGCGUGAAGAGCAUCUGUUCUUGCACCGUCGAGCUGAGCUACUUGACGGCAACGCUGCUGGCCCGGCCAACUCACACAUUGCCAACCUCGCCAGCAGUUUUUUGCUGUCCUUCUCAGUCAUGGGUAAGUCCAUUCCUUCAGAGGCGCAGCCGGUUCCACCUGACGUGGCCGCUGUGAUCAUGAAGGGUAUUUACCGUCGCAAUCCAAUGCGGUUUGGGAUCAACGAGGAGGUGCGCCGCAAGCAGUUGGAGGCGGUGGUUAUGGUGCAGUGCUUGUUGCGGGCCCGUGCCAGUCUGCACUGUGUGGUGGACCGCUACAUCGACCUCUGCGCCAUUGUGAUUCAGCGACGAUGGCGAAUUGUUCUCAAGCGACGCAAAGCAUUGAAAAAAGGCAAGCGAAAAUGUAUCAUCAACGUCCUCCGGGCUGUGGGAGCCUAA